ACAAAAGGCGAAGUAGCCUGACUAGGGCCAAGUCUGCAGACAGAGAGGGAGUCAUUUCAUUGGCGCCUGAGCCAGCAAAGAAGUCAAGAUGGCCAAAGUUCCUGACCUUUUUGAAGACCUGAAGAACUGUUACAGUGAAAAUGAAGAAUACAGUUCUGAAAUUGACCAUCUCUCUCUGAAUCAGAAAUCCUUCUAUGAUGUGAGCUAUGACCCACUUCAUGAGCACUGCAUGUGUCUGAGUACCUCUGAAACCUCAAAGACAUCUCAGCUUAUCUUCAAGGAGAAUGUGGUGGUGGUGGCAGCUAACGGGAAGGUUCUGAAGAAGAGACGGUUGAGUUUAAAUCAAUUCAUCAUUGAUGAUGACCUCGAAGCCAUUACCAAUGAUGCAGAAGAAGAAAUCAUGAAGCCCAGAUCAGUAGCAUACAACUUCCAUAGCAAUGAAAAAUACAACUAUAUGAGGAUCAUCAAAUCCCAAUUCAUCCUGAAUGACAACCUCAAUCAAAGUAUAAUUCAACAAACAGGGGGAAAUUACCUCAUGGCUGCUGCAUUGCAGAAUCUGGAAGAUGCAGUGAAAUUUGACAUGGGGGCUUAUACAUCAAAAGAUUCUAAACUUCCUGUGACUCUAAGAAUCUCAAAAACUAGACUAUUUGUGAGUGCCCAAAAUGAAGAUGAACCUGUAUUGCUAAAGGAGAUGCCUGAGACACCCAAAACCAUCAGAGAUGAGACCAACCUUCUCUUCUUCUGGGAACGCCAUGGUACUAAGAACUAUUUCACAUCAGUUGCCCAGCCAAAGUUGUUCAUUGCCACACAGGAACGAAAACUGGUGCACAUGGCAAGAGGGCAACCCUCUAUCACUGACUUUCAGAUACUGGAAACCCAGCCUUGACUCUGGAGUCUACUUACUUGUGAAGUGUUGACAGUCCAUAUGUACUAUGUACAUGGAGGAGUCAAAUCCUUUACUCUUAGUCACUUUCUGAGCACGUGCUGAGGCUUUGUAAUUCCAAAUGAAUGUUUACUCUCUUUGUAAGAGAGUGAGCAAGGUCUAAUGGAACCAACACUAACAUAUGAUGUUGUUUGUUAUUUAAAGAACACCCUAUACUUUGCAAACUA